AUGGGGUACUCAAAGGCACCCACUGCGUACUACUCCACUCUGCACGAUUCAAUCACCUCCCUAUGCAAAACAAUUCUUCCUUUGGGAUUCAAGAAACGGUGUUUGGUUUCCUCAGAGCAAAGGUUGUGGCAGCUUCGAUCCGACAACCUCAAAUGGCAGCAAGACUCUCUCCACCAGAUGCUCAACUUGGUGACUUUUCACAAAGAUGACAUCCUCUCUGAAGCUGAGGUUUCAGCUUUCAGGACCCAUUUGCUUGAUACCCUUCUUGCUGCUCCCUCUCCACAACAGGAUCAUGCUCUCAUCAUCAAAGACAAACUCAUGUUCUUACAGGAACUUCUUCAUGCCAAAUGCAUUUCAGAAGGAGAGUAUCACUCUUCAAGAAGACCUUUGCUUGUGAGAUUGGAAAUUCAAGGAGGUGAGAUUGAAGGCAGGAAAGUGAUCAUUGCAGGGUCAAAAGACACAAAAGAAAAUUCACAAGAAGAAUGGUCAGAGAUUGACUUGAAGGAUGAGCAGUGCUUAAUGAACAAACAUAACUCAAAUUCCAAGAAGACAUCAAAGCAGGCAAGGAAACAAGUUGUUAAAGCAGCAACCUCGGUUUUAAGCUUUGGCUCUCCUUUCAAACCUGGUAAAAACUCGAUGGAGAAGAGCAUAUUAAAUUCACCCACUUUACACAUGUACUCAGCACAAUCAAAAGUCCCAUCUCCUUCUAUCUUUACCCAAAGUGAAUUGAGGCAUUCUAAGGAAAACAACCCCUUGUGGGAUGAAUCAGAGAAGAAGAGGAAGCCAUUUAGAGCUCUAUUUCAUAGGGAUAAGAAUAAUAAAGAGGGGCAUGGUGGUGGUGGAGAUCAUGAUGGUCUUGAGGCAGAGAAAUCAGCCAAAAAACAAUGGGGGUUUGAUGGGUUGAGGAAAUGGAAGAAAAGUGACACAGAUGAUGACACAGUUCCUCUGUCUCUAAAUGAGAGGUCUGAUAGCGAGGCCUACUUGCCUUCCUAUCCUUCAAGAGCAUAUGGUGAAGUCUCACUCAUGAACAAGUUGCAUUCUGAUCUAUCAUCACCUUCUGCUUUUUCUGUAGAUGAUAAGGUUUUGGGGGACAAUGGAAAGAAGGAGCUGUUAAGAAUCCGUACAGAAAUGAGGAGCACAAAUGCAAAUCUCAACUUCUCACCAAGGUCUGACCGGCACAGUGAAAUCGUGUUAGAUGUGGUGAAGAAACAAUCGAAAAACAAUGUUGGAGAAAUGGAGAAUAGGCACAAUGAUACAGAAGGGAAAUAUGAAAACUCAAUAGGGUGGACAACAUUUGAAGACGAUGAAAACCUUCAUCCAAAUCUGUCUAUUCACCAUGAUAAAUCAUUGCAUAGCAGUAGCAUCAAUCCAUUUGAUCUUCAUGGUUAG